CAUACGAAGGUCGAGCCAACGGGUACUUGGUAAGAGGGUUGGGAUAUCAUCAUCCAGUAUCAACAUGAAUUGUCUUCCCCAAUCCCCCCUUCCUCGACGCAACCCAACAGGGUCUGCUUUGUAGUUCAUCUGCCACCUGUCCGGCUUGUGCAAGCAAUAGACAGUAGCACCUUCACCUUCGACCUCUUCCCAAAUCACCAACGGCUUCUCGUCACAUAAAGCGCAAUCAACCAUUGGUCAUUGGCAUGACUGCUCAACAGAACGGAAAAGCCCAUCGUUCUUGGAACCCAUAGCGAUGUUCAUACCUUUUCAUGAUUCCCACCGCAUUCUCAACAGCAGCAGGAGGAGUACGGACCUCGUACCUGUUUUCAACCACCUGAAUCUCACCAACCCCCAGGGUCAACCCCCGCUUGUAUCAUCCCUAGCCUUCUCCCUUCGGACGCGUCGGCCACAGCCUCCCCGCGUUCGCAUGGACCCUGUUGACAACCUGCAUGCUCCGUGUCUGCUAUGGCGGAGGCAUAUAUACUUCCGCUUGGAUCGAGGUGUGGCCCAUGAUCGGGAUGAUGAGCAACAAGUUACAAAGGGAAGGGAGAAACCAGGGCCGGCCCAGAUGCUAACGCAAGGCAGGUACGAUUUUAAAGACAGGAAUAUAGAGAACCAUGUCAUCACUCAUGUCUUUCAAGUACCUGCUUUAUCCCAGACAAUCUGUCACCUUCUUGGUCAGCCAGUCCACUCGCCUAGGAAAGCUUGUUUCCAACUCUAAAAGUCAAGAACCGAGACAAUAUCGAUCUGAAACGACGCCAACAGGUGUAGAAAAGCCAUCAAUAUUAGAUAAGAAUUAGAAUAUAAAGAAGGUACCUCAAAAAGAAUCCCGGCAUAACUAACAACAAUAGCCAACACCAUGAAGCAAA